AUGGUUUUGGCUUGCCUCCAUGCUUGUUUCAUCAUGAUUUGUUUCCGCUGCGUAGAUCAUGGUUUCUAUCACUAUGGUUCUGCGAUUUUGGGAAGCAGUGGAGGAAGAAAGAAAGGGAAUCAAACUCAGUUUUAUGGAGCAGGAGAUGGGGGAGAAUCAGCCAACAGUGAUAACCUUUGUUCUGGCUUCGGGUUCGGAUUCGAUCAAGAAAACGCAGAUGAUGAAGGGUUUCUACUGUCCAAGUAUCAACAACAAGAGGAUGAGCAGCAGAAACAAUCAUUUUUGGAUUAUGAGUUUCUUGAUGAUCUUCAUUUUGAUGUGGUCUCUCAGCCAAUUCAAUUAUGCCAGGACUACAUGAUCAAUCCGAGCCGAACCCCAACUGGAAUUCCCAACCUUGUUGAGCCUAAGAAGAAGAAGGGCUGCCCAUUUUCCUCAACCUCGCUUGAGCUUCUCAAGAAUUACAGAAGUGGGAUCAGACUCUUGAAUGAGGAAAAGCUGAAUGAGCCAAAGCAUGAUACAGCAAGCAGUGAAGCAGCUUGGCGACGGUUAUCUACUGAAGAAGUAAUGCGGGUGGCUGGAGAAAGGUUCAUGCAGUCUUUCCAAAGCAGUGAUGGUAUCUCCAUGCUUAGCCAUCCAUUUGGCCUUUCUUUCUCUGGCCUCUCCGAGGAGGAGAGCAGAGACGUGAGGCUCGCUGAAGUCCUUUUGGCUUCUGUUGAGAAAGUAGUCAAUCAACAAUUCGAGGCUGCAAGCAGAAUGCUCAACCAGUGUGAUUACUUCUCUUCCAGUACUAGGAAUCCAGUUCAAAGAGUUGUUUACCACUUCUCUGAAGCUCUUCGAGAGAAGAUUCAUAGAGAAACCGGAAGAAUCAGAUUCAAGUCCCCAAGAAGUGAAGAGUCAUUUGAUCCAGAAGAGUCAAGGAUGGGCUUAAACCCCACCCUCCUUGCAAAUCACCAAGAAGUUCCUUUCAGUCAGGUUGCGCGGUUCACUGGAAUCCAAGUCAUACUAGAGAAUGCGGCCGAGGCGAAGAGGGUUCAUUUGAUCGAUCUCGAAAUCAGAAGUGGCGUGCAGUGGACAAUCUUGAUGCAGCUCUUGCUCAGGUAUGAAUGCCGCCUUGAGCUUCUUAAUAUUACCGCUGUUGGAACAACAUCGAGGCAGAAAAUCGAGGAGACAGGUAGAAGGUUGGUGAGCUUUGCGCAGACCAUGAACUUACCCUUUUCUUCGAAAUUAGUUAUGGUAUCAAACAUGUUGUAUCUCAAAGAAGAUCUCUUUGAGAUAGAGGCUGAUGAAGCAAUCGCUGUCUACGCUCCAGCGUCGCUGACCAUGAUUGCACAGCCGGAGAGGCUGGAGUGUUUGAUGAGAGUAAUCAGAAGCAUUGAUCCAUGUGUAGUGGUGGUAAGUGAAGUUGAAGCAAACCAUAAUUCUCUGGUUUUUGUGAACCGUUUCAUUGAAGCGCUUUUCUACUUCAGUGCAUUCUUCGAUUGUCUUGAAGCUUGUUUGAACCAGGUUGAAAAUAGAAGUAUUACAGAGUAUAUGUACUUCGGGCAUGGAAUUAGAAACAUUGUGGCAGCUGAUGGAGACGAAAGGAAGGUGAGAAGUGUGAAGAUAGAUGUUUGGAGGGCGUUUUUUGCUCGGUUUGGAAUGGUGGAGACGGAGCUGAGCAAGUCAUCCUUGCACCAAGCAAGUCUGGUGGCUAAAGAAUUUGCUUGUGGGAGUUCAUGCACUCUAGAUAUGAACCAGAAAUGCCUACUAAUUGGGUGGAGAGGUACUCCAAUUCUUUCUCUUUCAGCUUGGAAUUUCCUUCGACGUGAAAAGAAAGGACUCGAAAUGUGGAUUCGUAUCCAAUUGACUGCUAGUUUCUAA